AUGCCGACGAUCUCCAUGCCCGGCUCCGGCACGAUUGGCGGCAACUGCGGGUCUGCCUCCUCCGACGUCUUCGGCUGCUCUGCUCCGGCCUCCUCCGCCUCUAUCUCCGCAUCGAGUUCGGCGAAGAGCGUGUCGGAGCGGGUGAGGAAGAAGGCAGCGCAAGCCCUCCUCCUCCUCCUGCCACGCCGGCGAGCAAGGAGCAGCCGCGCGACCUCUCCGCCGCGGCGGCCUCCAGGGUCACUACGAGAUGAAGCCGUCCUCCUACCCCGGUGUGGCUGGUGGGACAGCAGCUUGGAUGGUGAUGCUCCCUCCGCAUAUGCCUCGGUCUCAGGUUGCAAUGCCACCGAGCUGGCCAUCGCAAUCUCCAUGGUUGGCUGUCUCUGUUCGGUGGUCGACGAACCGAUGAUCGCUGAUUCCGGCACCACCUCCAGGGCCUUGUUUCGUCUUUAUCUGGGGUGUGGAGGUAAGAGACGUUCCGGGGACAAGCCCUACGAAAGCUGUGAUGAUUUCUCUGGGAGAUCUGCCCCAUCCCUGCCCGCCAGUCCGCCUCCUCCGAUGCCAAAGGACAUGAAUUCUGCUCCAACCAAUGACCAUGAAAGGCUGCAGAUCGAGAUAUCAACAGAGGUUGGUGCGUGGCUAUGCGCGGUGCUGUUCUUAAUCGGCGUGGGUUACAAGGUUUACAAGUGGUUCAAACAUGGAAGAACUGCCACAGUUAACAGGAGGACUCUGCCAGCGGUGAACAAUGUCUCAAUCAGAGAUCCCUCUCCAGUGAACAACAGCAAUGGCCAGAGGUCAGAGGGGAACAGCACUGCACAAGGAACCCCCCCGGAUGGAACUGAACUGGCUGCGAUGACUCCGAGUGGACCAACCCAGCAGGAAGACAAGUCAUCUGUGCUUGCGUUGGCGAUCAGCACCUGAUCACUGGAUGAUGAGAACAUAAGCAAGUUUGAGUAGAAGAGAAGACAAAUGGUGUGGCAGAUGAAGAUCGAUGGAAAAGCUACUUUGCAAGAUUUCGAAUCGUCCGAAGCUGCUUUACCUUUCUGUUUAUCAUAUAAAAACAAUUUCAGGGACUAAUUAUGAAGUUUAGUUUGAAGUGUACUAGAAUUCUGAGUUUGUAUCCAGAGGUUAAUAUGCAUUUUAAAAAUGUGUAAUGUUGUUAAA